UGUUCUUGGGCAGAGUGGCUCCAGCAGCCCCAGGGCAGUCCUCCAAAUUCACUUUGCAAGUGUGGGCUGCUGGAAGCAAAAGCACACCAGAGUUGGUGAAGGAGCCCACAGCAAGAGUAGAAGGGACCUGGAGGGAUCUGGGUAGCACAAACAAUGUCCACUCCAGCUUCUCACCGGGAGUUUACAUUCCGGCGUCCUGGGUACAAACCAUCAUUUACAUUGUCUCCUCCACGGUGUUUCCAGGAAUCACAUUAUGAAUUCAUGAACUCUUCCGCCAUCUUUUUGUGCCACCAUAAUGAUGCAUGUGGAUGUCCUGCCUGAUGCUCUCAAGAGUAUCAACAAUGCCGAAAAGAGGCAAACACCAGGUUCGUAUAAGGCCAUGCUCCAAAGCCAUCAUCCAGUUUCUAACUGUGAUGAUGAAGCAUAGUUACAUGGGUGAAUUUGAAAUUAGAGAUGACCACAGAGCUGAGAAUAUUGUUGUGAACAUCCUAGGCAGGUUAAACAAGUGUGGACUAAUCAUGACCAGAUUGGAUGUGCAACUCAAAGAGCUAGAAAAAUGGCAGGACAGCCUACUUCCGUCCCGUCAGUUUGGUUUCAUUGUACUGACAACCUCAGUGGGCAUCGUGGACCAUGAAGAAGCCAGAUGAAAACACACA